UGGUUUCACUGCGAUCACGUGACACACAGCCCAUAUAGUCAUGUGACUGGGUGCAAAACAAGCCGAUCUGUAUUUACUGUAGCUACUUUAGCUUCAUAUGCCAAUGCAAACGGCUUCUGGAUUCUGAUUGGCAUCUGGCUUCAAGUUAAACUAUAUAAUGCUGAAGGAAACGCUGAGGCUGCUGUUCCUCUGGGCUCUUCUGGAGUCGGUCAGAUCACGCGGGUGCUCCUCGUUCUUCUGCCGGAAAUCACACCGUGUGAGCGGGUCACGCUUUGGAGUUGACCCGGGCAAACCCCUGAUGCUCACUCCCUACCUAGAAGAAGGGAAAAUAGAAGAAGCCAAAAAACUGAGUUUGGUGGGACCCCUUCCUGGUGCCAAUGUCAAAAGUUACUCAGGAUAUCUCACUGUGAACAAGACCUACAACAGUAACCUUUUCUUCUGGUUCUUUCCUGCCCAGGAGAAACCAGAGACGGCUCCGGUGCUGCUGUGGCUGCAAGGAGGACCUGGAGGCACCUCCAUGUUUGGCUUGUUUGUGGAGCAUGGCCCAUAUUUUGUACAUAAGAACCUCACAUUGGGCUAUAGGGAAUUCCCCUGGACAUCACGAUACUCUGUUCUUUACAUCGACAACCCGGUUGGGACAGGAUGGAGUUUCACUGAAGAUGACCGAGGGUUCGCCCAAAACCAGGAUGAUGUGGGCAGAGACUUGUACAGUGCCCUGACUCAGUUCUUCCAGAUAUUCAGUGAGUUCCAGUCUAAUCCGUUCUACGCUACAGGCGAGUCAUAUGCCGGAAAGUAUGUUCCAGCGAUUGGCUACUACAUCCACAAGAACAAUCCCUCUGCCAAAGUGAAGAUCAACUUUAAAGGAAUGGCCAUUGGAGAUGGUCUGUGUGACCCCGAACUGAUGCUGGGAGGUUAUGCAGAUUUCCUCUAUCAGACGGGUCUCGUGGAUGAGCUGCAGAGGCAGCAUGUGCAGCAGCAGACGGAUGCAGGAGUCAAGCUCAUCCAGGAGCAGAGAUGGGUGGAGGCCUUUGAGGUUUUUGACAGUUUACUGAAUGGCGAUCUUGUUCCUUAUCCCUCAUACUUCCAAAACGUCACUGGUUGCAGCAAUUACUUCAACUACAUGCAGUGUCAGGAACCUCCAGAUCAGGAGUAUUUUUCUGCGUUUGUGACUCUAUCAGAAGUCCGUCGUUCCAUCCACGUUGGGAAUCUCACGUUCAAUGAUGGCUCAGAUGUUGAGAAGCAUCUGCUUCAGGAUGUCAUGAAGUCGAUCAAGCCCUGGCUCGGCGUCCUCAUGGACAACUAUAGAGUGUUGAUCUACAGCGGACAGCUUGAUGUCAUCGUUGCAGCCCCUCUAACGGAGCGCUUCCUGCCCACGGUGAACUGGACCGGAGCGGACGAGUAUAAAAAAGCAGAGCGCUUCCACUGGAAGGUCCAGCCCAGUGAUACUGAAGUGGCAGGAUAUGUGCGACAAGUAGGAGAGUUCCUUCAGGUGAUUGUGAGGGGAGGCGGGCACAUUUUGCCUUAUGACCAACCAGAGAGAUCUUUUGACAUGAUUGACAGAUUCCUUUCAACAGAUGGAUUCUCCUCACACUGACACACUAAACUCUAAUAGAAAGUAUAGCAGGGCUGUCAAACUCAGUUCCUGGAGGUCCGGAGCCCUUCAGAGUUAAGAAUCAACUCUAAUAAAAGUCAAGUCCUUCAGACUUACUUGAAAACAGGGAUGGAACCAAACUCACCAGGGCUCCGGCCCUCCAGGAAUUGGGUUUUUGGCACCCCUGAUGUAAAGUUACCUCUGAAUGAAUCAUAGUUCAAAUGUGUAAUGUGUGUUUCAGUGCAGAAGUCUGUGUGCUGUUAUGAAAAAGGUUAGGGGUUAUAUUUUUAUCAUGCUGAGUGUUAAGUGCUGGGGGUAUGUUUUUAUUGUACAUGAUAAAUUUUUGAUUAAAGUGUGACUUGAUUAUAAUGUGCUA